AUGCCUCCAGAUGAGAGUGUCGGUCCAAUCUGGCUCGGUGUGUCAUCAAGUCUACUGGUCGCCCUCCUCGUCACCACCGCCCUUCGUCUAUGGGCUCGCGCCGGACGCCGGAAUCUGGGAUGGGACGACUACACCAUUGCUGCCGCGGCCCUUUCGGCGACAGUAAGGUAUGCUUUCGGCGUCAUGCAGCUGCCUCAUGGCAACGGGAGACACCGCGUGUACUUGACCAAUCACGAGUACAUGAUGAUCAACAUGUAUGGGUGGUGGGGGCAGUUGUUCCACUUCACAUCGAUGGCUUUCUUGAAGGUGUCUCUAGCUCUGUUGAUUCUCCGGAUCAAGAGCAACAGGACCCUCAAGAUCUUGUUGUAUGCUGUCAUUGUGGGCUCACUGAUCAUCAACUUUGGGGUCGUCAUUAUCCUGUUGGCUGAGUGCCGUCCAGCAGGAUUCUGGAGGGGUAAAGAUUCCGACUGCUGGCCCAACACGAUUCGAAUCUAUGCAAUAUGGGUUUCCAUAGGUACGAUUUGCCCCCUUACCCGCGCCUUGACACCAUUUCCCGUUCAAAAGAGACUCAGUCUUUCCUACCUCGCAUUGCUGACGGACCUGGUGGUAGCGUACUCCGUUGUGACAGACUUUUUCUGUUCUCUCCUUCCCCUCACAGUAGUCUGGAAGGUGAAAAUAGCUUUACAGAGAAAGAUUAUGAUUACCGGCUUGAUGAGUCUAGGCCUUGUCGCAACAUCCUUCGGCAUCGUACGUGCCAAAUCUCUAGGCGUGUCCGAAGCCGAUCUUAGUUGGGAUUUCUGUAUCACUGCCAUCUGGUCCAACCUCGAACUGUUUCUCGGAAUAUCCGCCGCAAACAUAGCCCUCUCGCGAGCUGUGUACACUUAUUUCUUUUCACCAAGCAGCGAGUCGAGACCGUCGGACCACUCCGGCCCGUCUAGCAAUGGUUAUUUUCACAGUGGACUACGAUCAGACCGUUUCGAAAUUCCAGCCACAAUGGUUAGCUCAGGCCGACGGCGUGGCUCGGCGACAAGGAGUUCAAAUAGCGAUAUCCCUUUGGAGCCUGGGAUUCAGAAGAAGACGGAGUUCUGGUGGAGAGAAGACGGGAGCCCGCAGAGAACGCCAGAAUCAGUGCAGUGA